AUGGGGGGCUGCAAGGUGAUUGUGGUCGGGGGGAUGCAAGCCGGGGUGGGCAAGUCCACGGUCACGGUCGGCCUCAUGGCGGCCCUCCGCCAGCGCGGCCUGCGCGUCCAGGGCUUCAAGGUCGGCCCCGACCUCCUGGACCCGCUCCUGCACGAGGCCGCCACCGGCAAGCCCAGCUACAACCUCGACGGGUGGAUGCUCACCAAGGAGCACAACCUCUCCGUCGCGCGGAGCCUCGCGGGCGACGCGGACGUCGCCGUCGUCGAGGGCGGCGACGGCCUCUACGACGGAACGUUCGGCGACGAGGACGGCAGCACCGGACAGCUCGCCAAGUGGCUCGGCGCGCCCGUCGUCCUCGUCCUCGACUGCGACGGGCUACCCGCGCGAUCGGCAGCCGCGCUCCUCAAGGGACACCUCGCGUUCGACGAAGAGCUCCCAAUCGCGGGCGUCAUCUUGAACAAGACCAAGGAUGCCGCGCACGAGAAGCACAUCCGCGACUCCAUCGAGGGCGCCGGGAUCGGCGCGCCGAUCUUCGGCGCUCUGCGCAGGGACGACUCCGGGCUCGGGGACCGCAACAAGUUCCCGGUGAUACCCGAGUCUCCCAAGCGCGCGACGUCCGGGUCGCACGCGGGGUCCCCGCUGCGCGCCAACACCCCGAAGAAGGAGCACUCCUUCGGCCGCAACCUCGUGGGCGGGGUCGUCGCUCGGUUGGGCCGCGGCGUGGGCACGGGCGCGUCGCAUCUCAUCCCGCGGCCGCUGUUUUCAAACACGGUUCGCGUGGGCAUCGCCAGAGACGCCGCGUUUUGCCACUACUACCGCGAGAAUCUGGCGCUGCUUCGCGAGUGCGGCGCGGACCUCGUGCCGUUCUCGCCCGUCGCGGGGGACUCGCUGCCGCAGGGGUGCAGGGGGAUACUGUUCGGCGGCGGGUACCCCGAGCUGUACGCGCAGGAGCUCACCGGCAACCGGAGCCUUCGAAUGGCCAUCACCGCGUUCGCGGCGGGCGGCGGCGUCAUCUACGGCGAGUGCGGCGGAUUGAUGUUCCUGUCUCAGGCGCUCAUCCCCGAGGGCGGCGCACAGCCGCGGCCGAUGUGCGGCCUCGCGCCCUUCUCCACGCGCGUCGCCGCCGCUCCCGCGUCGAGCUACGCGGAGGUUACCAUCCGGCCCGGCUGCCCGCUCUUCCCCGCGGGGUGCAGGGCGCGGGGUCGGGUUCAUCGAAACUCGGAGAUUGGUCCAUCCGCCAAUCACUGGGAAGCCGUCGGCCGGGUGGAGGGGUACGCGUGGCGCAACGUCCUGAUGUCGUACGCGAGGCUACACUGGGGCGGAACGCCCGAGAUGGCGCGUCACUUCGUGGACGUGUGCAAGGGCGUACCC